GCCAUCUGCCCCCGCCCCUUUUUUCAUUCUCCCUUUUUGCUCUUGCCCCCCUCCCCCCCUCUUCCUCCUCCCGGCUUGCCAAGCAUCGCUGCCUGUUUCGCUGUAUCUCCCCCUCCCCAUUUUGCCUUCGCCCCGUCUCUCGCCACCUCCUCAUGAGCGGCAACGAGAAUACCUCCACCGCCGGCACGGCGCUUGACAAGCGCUCCGAGGCUGGUCUCCAGCGGCUGCUGCGUUCUCUGCCAGAGCGUCGGGCCGAUUGUGUGCGGGUGUUUGAGCGCUCAGACUACUACUCCCUACACGAGGAGGAUGCAUACACCGCGGCUCAGAUUGUCUUCCGGACCUCAACCGCAAUCAAGUUCCUUGGCGGCACUUCGGCCGCAGAUGGCGGCGUGCCGAGCGUCUCCCUCUCGGAGGUGCAGUUCCGCACCCUGCUCAGGGAAUUGCUUCUGCGUCAGCAGAAGUGCGUGGAGCUCUGGCCGGCGGACCCCGGGGCCCGUGCCCCCCGGCUGCAGGCCUCUCCGGGCAAUUUGCAGGCUUUCGAGGAGCAACUCUUCGGCGAAGCCAGCGCCACCGACCACCAGGCUGACGAUCUGGUAGUCAACCCGGUGGCCAUGGCAGUGCGGCCUUUCGUGGUGAAGGGCCAAAUCCAUCUUGGCAUUGCAUAUGGCGAUGCCACGGCCCGGACCAUGGGGCUCUGCGAGAUCACCGACUCUAUUGCCUUCAACAACCUCCAGUCGCUGGCUAUCCAAAUCGGCGCCCGCGAGUGUAUUCUUCCAAAUGAUGCGAACUCCUUCGAGGUUACCGAGAUGUCCAAGGUCCUUUCGGCGGCUGGCAUCCAUCUGACCGCCACACCGAAGGCCUCCUUCAAUGCGCAGGCUUGCAAGCAGGACUUCGCCCGUCUUGCCAGCAAGGACUCAUCCAACACCGCAUCCGCUGCCGCAGACCUGGAGUAUGCCACCCAUGCGGCCACCGCCCUCAUCACCUACUUGGGCCUUCUGCGGGAUGAGAGCCUCCACCACCAGAUGGCCUUCUCGGUGUACCAGCCGAAGUCCUUCAUGCGGCUGGACGCCUCGGCCAUCCGAGCGCUCGGCCUCUUCCCGGCGGCCGGGCCCGGGGGUGCUGGCGGGGCGGCCCUCUUGGCGGACAUUGGGUCCGGUGGCGGCCCGGCGCUGGCCGGCGACUCGAUCAAUGCCAAGACUGCCUCGCUCUUCGGGCUGCUGAAUCGCUGUCGCUCGGCACACGGAUCGCGCCUGCUGGCCCGGUGGCUGAAGCAGCCGCUCCUCUGUCCGCGGGAGAUCAACACCCGGCUGGACAUUGUCGAGUGCCUGAUGACCGACACCAGUCUCCGCCAGGCGGUGCAGGAUGACUUCCUCCGGUCGGUGCCGGACCUGACGCGACUGAUGCACAAGUUCGUGCGCGCGGCCAUCCGCCGCCAGGGCAAGGCCGGCGCCCAUCUGGGAGCCUCGCUGCAGGACGUGGUCCGCCUCUACCAGGUGAUCAAACGCCUGCCGGUCCUGCAGGACGUCCUCAAUCGGGCUGUGGCAUCCGGCGGGAUGCUGGCGAAUGCGACAUCCCUCAAUGAUGGGUGUGGCGCGUCGCCGGUGGACUCGCUGCGCGCCGGGGUGCUGAAGCCGCUGGAGGACCUGCUGCCUCAUUUUACCAAGCUCCUGGAGCUGGUGGAGUUUUCCGUGGACCUGGCCGCCGUGGAGAAUGGCGAGUUCCUCAUCCACCCGCAGUAUGACAGCGAGCUGUCCGAGCUCCGCAAGUCCAUGGAUGCCACCCGGCGGAAGAUCGACCGGCUCUUCCACGAGACGGCCGCCUCCCUGGGGCUGGAUCCCCAGAAGAAGGUCAAGCUCGACCAAAACACCCUGUACGGCUUCCACAUGCGCGUGACCAAGGCCGAUGCCGGGCGCCUUCGUGGUAAGGCCCGCGUGCUGGAGCUGUCGACACAGAAGAGCGGCACUCUCUUCACCACGGCCGAGAUGCGCCAGCUGAGUGGCCAGUACACGGAGUACUUCGAUUUGUUCGAGCAGAAGCAGAUUCUCGUGGUGGCGGACAUCAUCAGCGUGGCAUCGACCUACGCCUCGCAGGUGAUCCAGCUGGCCGACCUGCUGGCGCAGGUGGAUGUUCUGGCGGCCUUCGCCGAUGCCGCGGUCACGGCCCCGAGCGAGUUUGUCCGGCCGCAGGUGGUCCCGGCCGAUCAGCCCGGGGCCCGGCUCACCCUGACGGGGUCCCGGCACCCCUGUGUCGAGGCCCAGCCCGAUGUGUCCUUCAUUCCCAAUGACCUGGAUCUGGCGCGGGCCGAGGCGGACUUCGUCAUCCUCACCGGGCCGAACAUGGGCGGCAAGUCGACUUUCAUUCGGCAGGUGGGCAUCAUUGUGCUCAUGGCCCAGGUGGGGUGCUUCGUGCCGUGCUCCUUUGCCCAGGUCCCGGUGCGCGAUGCCAUCUUGGCGCGCGUCGGCGCUGGCGAUGCCCAGCUCAAGGGCAUUUCCACCUUCAUGGCCGAGAUGCUGGAGACGGCAUCCAUCCUCCAGUCCGCCACCUCGGAGUCCCUGAUCAUUGUGGAUGAGCUUGGCCGCGGGACGUCUACCUACGACGGCUUCGGCCUUGCGUGGGCCAUUUCCGAGCACAUCGCUCGCGAUCUCGGGGCAUUUUGCCUGUUUGCCACACACUUCCACGAGCUGACGGCUCUGGCGGAUGAACUGCCCAAUGUGCGGAACUUCCACGUGUCGGCCUACACCGGGCACGGAUCGAUCACCUUGCUGUACCGCGUGCAGCCGGGCUUCUGCGACCAGAGCUUCGGUAUCCAUGUGGCUGAGAUGGCCAAGUUCCCCGCACACGUGGUGGCCCUUGCCAAACGCAAGGCCAGCGAACUUGAGGACUUCGGUGGACACAAUGAGAUGGACCGCAAGCGCAAGUACUCAAAGGACGACAUCGACGCUGGACAGGCCCUCAUUCGGACCUUCCUCGAUGGCGUGGCCGGCCUGCCGGCGGACCUCCUUCACCAGGCGGACGCCAGCCCGGCCGGGUUGCCCGGUGACACGCCCCCGCUGCCGGAGGGCACGAACCACUCGCACGACGCCGCCCGGCGGGAACUUGUCGGCCGGCUUGCCGCCCUCUCGGAGCCGAUCACCGCCAGCGACAACCCUUAUGUGAAGGACAUCCUGCACACCCUCUGAUGUGGGAGGAAGGCAAAAAUGGGGCGAGGAGAACAAGCUCGAGGAGCUGGCCCUCCGCCGCGACCACCACCACCACCACCAGUGCCUCUGGCAAAAUGCCUUUGAUGCCUCCGUGUUACCGAUUGCCUGUGCCGCAAUGGCGCGCCACCACCAAAUAGAUCCCUGCCUCCCUGGCGCGUGAUUGUCCAUGUGACUGUCUCCUUGGACGUGAGCACGCAUGUGAUGUGCCCUCUCC